GCUGACUGUGAGUGAGACGAUAUGUUGAUGCACCUUUGAGUCGAAAAGCUGUUUUAAUCUGCGCUAUGUAAGAGAAGCUGCGUCUGUUUAACUGAAUUACACCGUGUGGACAUAAUUAUAAAGCCAUAAUCAUACCGUGACUUCCUCACAUCACACCGGGACAAACCUCUCACCAACAGCCAUGACAGAAUUCUGGUUGAUCUCUGCACCGGGGGAGAAGACGUGCCAGCAGACCUGGGACAAGCUGAUGGGGGCCACAACACGCACCAACAACCUCUCCGUGAACAACAAGUUCAACAUCCCUGACCUCAAGGUCGGAACACUAGAUGUGUUGGUGGGUCUGUCAGAUGAACUGGCCAAACUAGACACCUUUGUGGAAAGUGUGGUGAAGAAGGUCGCUCAGUACAUGGCCGAUGUCUUGGAGGACAGCCGAGACAAAGUCCAGGAGAACCUACUCGCUAAUGGAGUUGACCUGGUCACCUAUAUCACCAGGUUUCAGUGGGACAUGGCUAAGUAUCCAAUCAAACAGUCGCUGAAAAACAUCUCUGAGAUAAUCGCCAAGCAAGCGACGCAGAUCGACAAUGACCUGAAGGCCAGAGCUUCAGCCUACAACAACCUGAAGGGAAACCUGCAGAACUUGGAGAGGAAGAAUGCGGGGAGUUUGUUAACCAGGAGUUUGGCUGACAUAGUGAAGAAAGAAGAUUUUGUACUGGACUCAGAGUACCUUAUUACCAUGCUGGUGGUUGUCCCAAAGACAAGUUAUGCUGACUGGCAGAAGACGUAUGAGACUCUGGCAGAAAUGGUCGUGCCACGCUCCACAAAGCUGCUGUUUGAGGACAACGACAGCGGUCUGUUCAGUGUCACUCUCUUUACGAAGGCUAUCGAUGACUUCAAGCACAAAGCCAGAGAAAACAAGUACACAAUGCGGGAUUUCCAGUAUAAUGAGGAGGAGUUGAAGGCAGACAAAGAAGAGAUGACACGUUUGUCCACUGACAAGAAGAAACAGUUUGGGCCUUUGGUACGGUGGCUGAAAGUGAAUUUCAGCGAAGCCUUCAUCGCGUGGAUUCACAUAAAAGCCCUUAGUGUGUUUGUGGAAUCGGUUUUGAGGUAUGGGCUGCCGGUGAACUUCCAGGCCAUGCUGCUGCAGCCCAACAAGAAGAACAUGAAGAAGCUGAGAGAGGUGGUCUACGACCUGUACAAACACCUGGACAGCAGCGCUGCGAUCAUUGAUGCUGCUAUGGACAUCCCAGGGUUGAACUUGAGCCAGCAGGAGUACUACCCGUAUGUUUACUUCAAGAUCGACUGCAACCUGCUGGACUUCAAAGUCUAGAUGAAUUUCCAUCAUCAUCUCACUCUGUGCGGUAUUACGCCGAUGUGACACGAUCACAUCCCCAAGAUUUUAAUUUAUUUCCACCCUGUUUUUCAGUUUUCAUUCCCGCCCUCUCUGUUGCUCCUGGUACAUUCCUAGGGCCUGUUCUAAUAUACCAAAUGAUUAUGUGCCAUCUUCUUUGUUCUUUUCUACUUCCUCUUUGGACCAUGAUGUAAAAGUGAAUCGCUCAAGGUGACAUUCACCAAACAUUCCCUAUCAAAGGACAUAACAUUGCUCCAUUUUUAUUGUUGUUUCUCUCCUGUCAGUCUACUUUAUUCAAAGUAACACAAAUGGUACAUAUGUGGGGAAAAUGGGGAGAAAAAUAAAUGUAUGCUAAAUAUAGUAUUUAUUUAAAGCCUCUAAAAUCAGUGAAUAUAUUUUUUGUUUUGUUCAGUUUUUGAAAGUGAUGUGUUUGAGCUCCAUGUAAGGAAUAUCUGUUUACAAGUAGUUGUCCAUUGUUACACCCUCCCCCCCUCCCCCUAAAGCUGUGAUCCUGUGAAACUCAGAUGGAUCAUUUUACAGUUACUAUAAGCAAUAUGCGGAUUCUAUGGUCCUAUACUUUCUGUAUAUUAAGCAGUUUGAGAAAAAACUAUGAUGGGUCUAUGUGCAAAAUACUGUAAUGUCAUUAAAACUGUGAAUGACACCAUAUAUUUCAAAUUAAUGUGAAAAAUAAAUCUAUGUGAAAUAUAA